AUGACGAUCUCCAGCCGCCAAACAGAGCUGUUGUUGGUGAGCUGGGUUUUUGGGAGCUUCGCGGUGCUGGUUGUCGUGCUGCGCAUCCUGGCGAAGGUGAAGAUUCGCCAGUUCAAAUUUGAUGAUGCGGUCAUGAUCCUUGCGUUGUGUUUCGGACUCAUCGCAGCGUCCCUCCUAACCUGCGGCAUCACAUACGGCUACGCUCAGCCAACAAACGACGAAUACGGUUCCGAAGCAGCGGCAGGGCGGAAGUUCUACGUGUUCACGACAGUGUUCCUGAUUGCGUGCGCGGCGGCAGGACGCGCCGCCUUUGUGUUGUAUCUGCUGGCCAUCCUGGGGACCAAGAAAUGGCACCGGAUCAUCCUCAUUACUCUCGCGGUCCUGGAAGUCGCCGUCAACGCUGUUCCUAUCAUCCUGAUUUUCGCCUCGUGCAAACCUGCGAGUGCUGUCUGGGACUAUCAGAUCGAUGGGAUCUGCAUUUCGGAUGAGGUCCAGGUCAGAUUUGGAUUUUUCCAGAAUAAAGUCUUCAACACCUUCGUCGAUCUCUAUCUCGUUGUUGUUCCAACCUAUAUUUUCUGGCAUCUCAACCUGCGACUUCCGGUUAAGAUCAGUCUGAUCGGUCUCAUGAGCCUCGGGUUGCUAGCCAUGGCCGCCGCUCUGGCCAAAGUCGUCCAGGUCCCCCAGCUCAAAAACGAAAUGCUCAACGACACCGUCGGGCUCCUCCGCUGGGGCUUCAUCGAGGCCUGGCUGGUGAUUAUCACCGCCUCGCUGCCGUGCCUGCGCAACUUGAUCCUGUCCGGUUUCCGCUUCAUGGUCAGUAGCGCCCAGCGCUCGCGUUCGUACGAACUCACCGCGACCGUCGGGGGCACUCCUGGCGGGCGGUCGCUUUCAACCACGGCGCAGAACACGCAGCAUCGCAGGACGAACUCGCGGCUGCGCAAUAUCCUCUCGAAAUCGAAUGCUGCGGAGGGUGGGAGUGUCGAUCGUAUUCUUGGGAGUCGGAAUAGCGUUGAGGCCACUGAGGCGAGUGAGAGUGCGCAGGCCUUGGGGAAUGGGAUUCGGAAGCAGGUGGAGUUCUUCAUUGAUCAUGACAAGCGGGAGAUGGGGGGUGUAUGA